AGUCUUUUUUGUUUAUAUGCUCUCUUGUAACUAAAAGUCCGUACCAAACUUGUGUAAUUACAUUAAAUAUUAAUUAUUUAGUGCAUUCCAUGUCAAAUAUGACUUAUGCUCUUGUCCUAUAUAUAAAUUUUAAAGCACUGACGAUUCACCAAUAAUACAUGCAUAACAAAUUUAGAGCGAGCAUUAUAGCAUAAUGAUGGUUUCUCAAUCUCUCAUCCCUAUUGCCAUAAUUUCUUUAGUCAUUUCCUUUGCCAAUGCUUAUGAUCCAAGUCCACUCCAAGACUUCUGUGUUGCCAUUGAUGACCUAAAAGGCGUUUUUGUGAACGGUAGGUUUUGUAAAGACCCGAAGCGAGUCGAUGCAAAAGAUUUUUUCUUCUCAGGCCUCAACGUACCCGGGAACACGGAUAAUCAAGUUGGCUCUAAUGUGACCAUUGUAAAUGUUGAUCAGAUCCCAGGGCUAAACACCAUGGGAAUAUCAUUGGUCCGCAUAGACUACGCACCUCAUGGCCAAAAUCCACCUCACACGCACCCUCGUGGCUCAGAGAUCCUUGUCCUUGUCAAAGGAACAUUAUACGUCGGUUUUGUCUCAUCCAAUCAAGAUAACAACCGGUUAUUCGCCAAAGUAUUGCACCCCGGUGAUGUUUUUGUGUUCCCCAUAGGAAUGAUCCAUUUUCAGGUAAAUAUCGGGAAAAUUCCAGCCGUUGCUUUUGCGGGAUUGAGUAGUCAGAACGCUGGUGUCAUCACAAUCGCAAACACUGUUUUUGGGUCAAACCCUCCAAUUUAUCCAGAGCUUCUCGCCAGGGCAUUCCGGUUGGAUGCAAGUGUUGUCAAAGAACUUCAGGCCAAGUUUGGGUCCAUAUGAACUGAAUCUAGUCGUUAUAGAGUGUUUAUCAUUGUAAUUAACACUCUUUUACAAAUGCAAUACUAAGAAAUAGUUAUGUCUUAUAAAGUAAACUAAUGUUUACCUAAUUUCUACUUUCUGAUAUAUAUAUGAACUUUAGUUUUCCCAUA